AUGGCAGGAUAUUUGCGCUGUUCAGUUUGUACAUAUAUUCCAAAUCCACUGCGUUCUUUCAAAUGCCAGCAGUUUGGACAUUUACAGACAUCUUGUCGAGGGAACAAUGUAUGUGCACAGUGUGGAAUUGAAGGUCAUCAGAGAACUGAGUGUACUACCACUCUAUGCUGUGUGAAUUGCAAAGAUGUUCAUCCAACCUACUCCCACAAAUGCCCUGCAUGGCAGACAGAAAAAGAAAUCCAACGUGUAAAAACAGUCAAUAACUUAUCCUAUCCAGAGGCGCUUUGCAUGGUCAUUUCAAGUGCACCACUAAAACAAAAGACAUUCGCUGCUGUUUUGAAAUCCACAAAGACCUGUAGAGUUCAAACCGACAUUUCUGUUUCUCCAAAGGAAUCUCUCACCAGACAUGCGAAAUGUUCACUGAUUCCACCAAAAGAAACACCAGAAAAGGAGAGUAUAAAACCAAAAACACCCCUACCUAAAACUGGGGUAGUAAGCAGAAAUGUGGGUUCUAAGAAAGCAACUAAAAAUUCACUUAACAAACAAAAGUUAAAAGCAGCCCUCUCUAAAUCUAAAAGAUCAGAGACUCAGUCUAUGAGUGAGUUCUCUAAUAUCUCUAAUGAAGAGCCUAACACGGAGGUGAAAAAACCAAUGUCACCCCCAAAAGAUAAACCCCCUGUGAAAUUAAAGAGGGAUAUUAUUGCGAAAAAUGCUGCCUCAAACACAGGAUUACAAAAUAAUUAA